UCGAGGGCGCCAGAUAAGAAGGUGCGCAUAUAAUAAAAGACCAUCAUCGCAUCCCUGCGCAAGUUAGGGUUUGUCAGCUGAUUAGUCACUAGCCUGCGCUUUUCACCUUUUUUUUGCUGCUUCCGCCAUUAAUCUAUCUUCAGAGAUUCCACAAAUGGGAAAAUGGAUCGGUUCUUGUAAUUCUGGGACAAAUGGUUUCAAGCCAGGGAAAGUUGAUGCAGAUCAAAGAUACUCCUGGAAGUACCAACGCAGGAGGAACCAGGCCAAGUCUAAAAACAGAAUAGCUUGCUGUGAGAUGCAGUGACACCUGUCGUCAGAUGCUAAGAUAAGGCCAGUGGGAUUCCAGUCUAAGACCAAGUGAGAAGGUUGAUUCAUACUUUCUAUUUUCCAGCUUCUUCUUCUUAUUAUCAUCCAUCCAACCAGCUCAGUGAAAUGGUACUGCAGAACUUACAUGGAGUGCUUCUUAGAAAUACAUGAAGUACAAACGAAACUGGACAAGUAUGCUUCUGGUAUUUUAAGGAACUGUAGAUUCUGCAAAACUUAAUGUACGCAGAGGGCGGACCUCCACUCAAUGAUAAGGUUGCUCCAUUGUGACCUUGUGGUUGCGGGUUCGAAUCAGGAAAGAGCCUCUUUAUGAAGCGGGGGUAAGGCUGUGUCCACUAUGGCCCUCUCCAGACCUCAUAGUGGCAUGAGGCUUGUGUACUUGGGUCUUAUAUCUUACCCCAAAUUUGAUAUAAGGAAAAGAAGCAAUGUCUGAAGAGGAAAGGCAACUGAUAGAGGCUUAUGAUGAUCAUUCAGAACAGAGAUCCUUGUCAUUGGAUGAUACAAGCAGCACUGAGGAAUCACCAGGAGAAACCAGGCUGUUACUAGAAAAUCCCAAUGAUGCAAUUCCAUACAUUGGCCAACGAUUUGGAAGUCAUGAUGCUGCAUAUGAGUUCUAUACCGAGUUUGCAAAGCGUUGUGGUUUCUCAAUCCGUCGCCAUCGAACAGAGGGAAAAGAUGGGGUUGGCAAGGGACUUGCAAGACGAUAUUUUGUCUGCCAUCGGGCUGGCAACACGCCAGUGAAGGCUUCAAAUGAGAGUAAACCCCAAAGAAACCGUAAGUCAUCAAGAUGUGGGUGCCAAGCUUAUUUGCGGAUCAGCAAGAGCAUGGACUUGGGGGUCCCUGAAUGGCGUGUCACAGGAUUCUCAAAUCACCACAAUCAUGAGCUCUUGGAGCCCAACCAAGUCCGUUUCUUGCCUGCAUACCGUACCAUAUCAGAGGCUGACAAGGACCGCAUAUUUAUGUUUGCCAAAACUGGCAUCUCUGUGCAGCAAAUGAUGAGGCUUAUGGAGCUUGAGAAGUGUGUGGAGCCUGGGUACUUGCCAUUCACUGAGAAGGAUGUUAGGAAUCUACUUCAGUCAUUCAGAAAAGUCAAUCAGGAAGAUGGAAGCAUUGACCUCUUAAGAAUGUGCAAAAACAUCAAGGACAAGGACCCCAACUUCAGAUAUGAAUAUACCAUUGAUGCAAACAACAGGUUAGAGAACAUUGCUUGGUCCUAUGCUUCAUCCAUCCAGUCAUAUGAUAUCUUUGGUGAUGCGGUGGUGUUCGAUACAACGCAUCGCUUGACUGCCUUUGACAUGCCACUUGGGAUCUGGGUUGGCAUGAAUAACUAUGGCAUGCCUUGCUUCUUCGGCUGUGGGCUCCUGCGAGAGGAAAAUAUGCGAUCCUUCUCAUGGGCAUUGAAGGCAUUUUUAGGGUUCAUGAAUGGGAAGGCUCCACAAACGAUCCUGACCGACCAAAAUAUGUGUCUCAAAGAAGUGAUAGCGAUUGAAAUGCCAAGUACUAAACAUGCACUUUGCAUUUGGCUUAUUGUGGCAAAGUUUCCAUCUUGGUUCAAUGCUGUUCUCGGAGAAAGAUAUAAUGAAUGGAAGAAUGAGUUCUAUCGGCUUUAUAAUCUGGAGACGAUAGAGGAAUUUGAAUUGGGGUGGAGAGACAUGGUCAAUUCAUUCGGGUUACACACCAAUAGGCACAUUUCUAAUUUAUUUGCUUUACGAACACUUUGGGCACUACCCUACUUGAGAAGCCAUUUCUUUGCAGGAAUGACUGCAGCCAACCAGUCGAAAUCUAUCAAUGCCUUUAUCCAACGGUUCUUAAGCGCACAAACUCGGCUAGCACACUUUGUGGAACAAGUGGCCGUCGCCGUUGACUUCAAAGAUCAAGCAGGUGAACAACAAACAAUGCAGCAGAAUCUUCAGAACAUUUGCCUGAAAACAGGAGCCCCCAUGGAAUCACAUGCAGCUGCAGUACUUACACCAUAUGCUUUCUGUAAGCUCCAGGAACAACUUGUCUUGGCUGCACACUAUGCUUCCUUUCAAAUGGAUGAUGGUUGUUUCCUUGUGAGACACCACACAAAGUUGGAGGGAGGACGCAAAAUAAUUUGGGUUCCACGGGAAGGCAUUAUUACUUGUAGCUGCCAUCAGUUUGAGUUCUCAGGGAUUCUAUGCCGGCAUGCCCUUCGGGUCCUCUCAACUGGAAACUGUUUCCAGAUCCCAGAGCAGUAUUUACGACUUCGGUGGCGUCGGAUUAACACAUCACCUACAAAACUUCUCCAGAUUACUCCAAGUGAUCAUGCAGAACGCGUUCAGGCCUUGCAGUCUAUGGUAUCAACUCUUGUUACAGAAUCUACCAAGACAAAGGAACGGUUGGAUCUUGCAACUGAGGAAGUUUCCAUCCUUCUGUCUCGCAUAAAGGAGCAGCCGGUUUUGACACAAGGGUUAAGAGCCAGUUUAUUGUAAAUGGUGGUAGCUAGGGAGGGAGCUGAUCAAGGAUCUAGUCAUUGUUGGAUAACAUUUUAUUCAUUUUAUAUGCAAUCAUAAUUACACAUUUAACUUAAUCCAUGUGUCUAUCUAUAUGUACAUAAACAUUUAUGUGAAAGGUUUAGUACUUGAGUAUCAAAA